AUGAGUAGAAAAAGUUCUACGCAAACUACUAGGGAAGACAAAGGCUUAGAAAUUAAAGCAAUUGCAAGGUUCAGGCCACUAAUUGAUGCCUUCAAAAAUGAUGAAAAUAACAUUUAUACCUACCCAAAUCCCUCAACUAUAGAAAUAAAAAAGUCGCCAGAAAAUGCUGAAACUUUUACAGUAGACCGCGUUUUCCCACCAACCUCUUCCCAAGAAGAAAUAUUUGAGGUUGUCGGUAAACCCAUAAUUGAAGAUAUUUUGACAGGUUAUAAUGGCACUGUUUUUGCUUAUGGGCAAACAGGGUCAGGCAAAUCGUACACUAUGAUGGGCUUAGAUCUCUAUGACCCUGAAACUAAAGGAAUUAUCCCAAGAGCAAGCAAUUUAAUUUUUAGCAAGCUCCAAGAAUCAACAUGUGAAAUAGAGUAUACCUUGAAGUGCUCUAUCAUUGAAAUCUAUAAAGAAAGCCUAAGAGAUCUCCUUUCAAACUCAGGCGUGAGACUUAAAAUAAAAGAGGACCCAAGGAAAGGUGUAUUUGUCCAAGGACGUGAAGAAGUUUAUGUGGUCUGUGAAGAGGAACUGAUGAAUUUAAUUGCUCUUGCUGAAAGUAAGCGAACUGUGGCUUCAACCAAGCUAAACGAAGUGAGCUCAAGAAGCCACCAGCUUUUUGUUUUAGAAGUAAAUCAAAAAUUACCUGAUGAUACAGAGAAGCGAGGGAUUAUGAAUUUUAUCGACCUUGCUGGAACUGAAAAAGUAAAAGAGUCAGGAGUUACUGGAAGCAAACUGGAAGAAGCUAAAAAAAUAAACUUAUCAUUGAGUUGUCUGGGGAAUGUCAUUAAUGCUCUUUCAAGCAAAGCAGAUUUUAUUCCCUAUAGGGACUCUAAACUGACAAGGCUUCUUCAAGAAUCCCUCGGAGGAAACUACAAAACCACGCUUAUCGUCAACUGUAACCCUGACCCUCGAAAUGUUGAAGUAACAAUCAACUCUCUUAGGUUUGCACAAAGAGUCAAAAAUAUAAAAAAUAAUGUGAAACUCAACAUUAAAAAAUCUCCUUCAGCUUACAAUCAUAUUAUUAAGGAACUUGGACAUAAGAUCCAAAGCCUGAAAGAAGAAAACAAAAAGCUUUUAGACGAGCAUGAAAAUGACAUAUUGAUGAAAUCAAAUUGUCUUAUUGUCCAAAGCUGUUCCUCUCCUAAUGUGGACGAGAUGUCUCUUUCACCGCACUCAGAAAACGAUAGUUCAUGUGUUUCCUAUGUUGAAAAAGGCACAACUUUUUCAAAUCUUGCAGAAGGCUACUACAGCAGUGACUAUGGUGCCUUGCAAGAAGAAAAUAAGAGCCUUACGAAAACAAUAAAAGAGCUUGAAGAAGAACUGAGUCAUGAAAAAAGAAAGCGAGUUCAGGCAGAAAUUCAAAUAAAUCAGCAUUAUGAGAUGUACCAAAAGCUCUUGCUAAAGCAGAAUAAUGAAGCGAACUCAAUGCAGUAUUAUAAAGAUGAAAAUAUGAACCUGAAAAACACAAUUGAAAUGCUCGAAUUUUAUCUGCAGAAAUCUAGCCAGAGAAUGGAUCAUCUGCUAAAAAAGAUUGCUGCAGGCCAGAUUAUAACUGAGUCAGACUAUUCAGAUAUCUCGCCUAGGACUAGUGAUGAUGCACUUAGCUCAAUUGAUGAUCCUUAUAAAACACUAGUAUCAGAAGUAGAAGAAACAAUAGAAACUCCUUUUGAUGAUAUAUUAAAAUCAGAUAAAAAUUUCACUAAAGCUUUGCAAGAAGCCUUAGUAGAUGGUUGCCCAGUCAGUAAUGAGACUACAAUUUACCAGUUAAAAACUCAAUUGAUUCAAUCUGGCUUAGCAAAUUGCGAAUUGCUCAGAAUAUACUAUGAUGUGCAAUGUAAAUAUAACAUAUUAGCAGAAAAACUAAACUCGAAGAAUAAACUUAUAAGUCAUCUAGAAAAUUCAGUUAAACAGCUUGAAGCUUGCAUAGACCAAAUGCACAUUACAAACAUUAAAAUCGUAGAAUUGUCAAGUAAAAUAGAAACUGGAAGCGCUCCUCGAGAUGAAACUGUUAAGCCUAAGUUCGUUAGAAAAAUGAAGCCAGCAAAUACAUUUAAAGCAAGUCUGCAUCAAAUGAACACUUUUAAGAGACAAAAUUCGCAGAAUUUUGAUUCAAACUGUGAAGACAACGGCAGGUUUACAGAAAUUCAGGUUGACACGUUCAAGCUGAGAAACCUUGAAAGUGAUUUGCAGAUCCAAACAAUUUACCAUCAGCAGAUUCAUAAAAGUUAUGAUCUGCUUAUGCAAGAAAAUCAAGAACUUUCUGCUCGUCUAGCAAAUAUCCAGAAAGAAAACUUAUCAAUUUAUAAACUUGAGAAAAAUCACUGGAAAGUCUAUUUGGAAAAAUUCAAAGAUCUUUGCAAUAAGGAGCUUGCCCGAAAGCAAGCCGAAGUUAACAGGCUAAAUGCGAUCUUGGGAAAGUGGAUUGAAAUUUAUAUGGAACUUCAGGAAACUACUGGAAUUCCUUCAUCGGGGGUAUGUGCAAAAAAAGGGAAAAAAAGAACUCUAUCAACAGAGCACAUGGAACGGUUCAAGUAUCUUGCUGAACAAACAAUUAUUUCACGCAAACCUAGAGUGCUGAAGCUUGCAGGGUCUCCUCUGCAUAAGAAAUUUCGCUCUCCAAUUAUAAUUUCAGUAUCCUCAAUAUCUGGAGAUACAAGUCCGCCAACCCCAUCGGAAGAAUAA